AUGCGUACAAAUCAAAAGGGUGCUCCCCACUCCUCGGUUCACACCAUGAUUAACUUUGACGCAUAUAAGAUUCUCCUGGAUACACCUACCUCCUGUGAUAAAUACCCCGCCAAGCAGCAUGCGCGCAAUGUCGCUCGGAGGCUUGGAGCCUCAAGGGGCUUGAUCUUCCUUUCCGGAGAGCCAACAAUCAACCUGCGUGACUCAGACCAGUCACAACCGUUUCGACAACGGCGAUAUUUUUACUAUCUGAGCGGAGUCGACGAACCUGACUGCUCUCUGACGUACGAUAUCGAACAAGACCUCCUAACUCUCUACGUGCCCGACUUCGACCUCCACCGCGCUAUUUGGAUGGGACCGACCAUUUCCCUGGAGGACGCACAAGACCGAUAUGAUGUGGACCGUGUUCAAUAUCACGCAUCCCUCAAGCAUGAGCUGCAGGUAUGGUUAGACAAGCGCGAACAGAGCAGUGAGCUGUACCUGCUCCAUAAAUCGGAGAGGCCUGAAACUUUACCCAAAGACCUACCUGUGGAUCUAAACACCCUCGCGCCCGCUAUGAACGCGGCACGAGGCAUCAAGGACGAGUAUGAGAUUCGGAUGAUCCGCAAGGCCAACGAGGUCUCCGGACUUGCGCACCGCAAGAUCUUAGAGAGCAUUCGGUCCUUUUCCAACGAGUCACAGAUCGAAGGGUCAUUCCUGAACACUUGCAUUUCACACGGAGCCCGAAACCAAGCAUACAAUAUCAUCGCAGCGUCAGGGCCCAAUGCGGCAGUCCUGCACUACGGUCGGAAUAAUGAAACACUUCACAAGAAGCCGCUCGUGUGUCUCGAUGCUGGUGCCGAGUGGAACUGCUACGCGAGCGAUGUGACGCGAACAUUCCCGCUUGCUGGCGAGUGGCCUAGCGAGUAUGUUCGGGAUAUCUACAAACUGGUAGAGCGCAUGCAGGAGGAAACCAUCCGACGGAUCGGCAAAGGGGUGCGGUAUCGCGCUCUUCACGAUCUAGCGCACGAUAUUGCAAUCGAGGGACUGCUGGCUCUGGGUGUGCUCAAGGGCGCGAGCCAUGAAGUCCGAGAAUCUGGCGCGUCCAAGGUCUUCUUCCCGCAUGGCCUGGGCCACCACGUUGGCCUUGAAGUGCACGAUGUCGCUGAAGGAGAGAUCAUGGCGUUUGGUGGGGGGGUUACUCGCCCGAACUGGGCAUGUGGCUAUCUCUCGCCUUGCACGCUCUUGGCUCCUUUGUUGGAAGAAGGGAUGGUUGUUACAGUUGAGCCGGGGCUGUACUUCUCGCCUUUGGCCCUUGAUAAUGCGCGCAAGCAGCCGUAUGCCAAGUACAUUGAUUUCGAUGUCGCGGAGAAAUAUGUGCAUAUCGGGGGUGUGCGUAUUGAGGAUGAUAUUCUCGUGACUGCUACUGGCUACGAGAACCUCACCACUGCACCUAAGGGUGAUAAAAUGCUCGCUGUAAUUAGAGGAUCUGCAUAG